AUGAAGCUGACUGUUCCUAGGACCGGUGGUGCUGCAACCUCAAUACUCACUUCUCCGCUCGACGUCCUACGAACGCGACUUCAGUCCGACCUUUACCUGCGUUCGUCGCAACCGACUGUCACCGGUCAACCCUCACGCUCUCGCUUUUACCGCACCGCCCUUGGCCACGUUUUCGAAACGUUUGAAAUACUGCGCACGAUCAAGAAUAACGAGGGAUGGCGUGGACUGUUUCGCGGCCUCGGGCCCAGUCUGGCCGGCGUGGUUCCUGCAACUGCCAUAAAGUUCUAUGUGUACGGAAACACUAAGCUCUUCGUAGCUAGAUACCUGAACCAGAAGGAGGGCGAUCCUAUCAUACAUGCGUAUGCCGCCGUUGCCGCCAGCAUCGCAACCGCAACGGCGACGAAUCCCGUGUGGCUCGUGAAGACCAGGCUCCAACUCGACAGAUCACGUGCCAUUAGCGGCGCUACGAUGCGACAAUACAAGGGAAGUUUCGACUGUGUGCAAAAAGUGCUGCGGACAGAGGGAAUUCCCGGGUUGUACCGCGGAUUAAGCGCGAGCUACUUAGGCACAGUAGAGACGGUUCUGCAUCUUGUUCUCUACGAAAAGCUUAAGGUGGCUUUUCAGGCUCCAUUUCUCAGUCAUCGGUCAGGGCACAAUGUGCAUCCAGCUUGGGAAGAAUUCGGAAAAUGGGUCAGUACCAGUGGUGCUGCUGGCUGCGCUAAAUUUGCUGCAGUUCUGGUCACAUACCCCCAUGAGGUACAGAAGCCUUAA